GCACAAGUGAAAAACCGUGCGUCCCACUCUUUUCAGUCCCUAGAAAAGAAAACAGAUACUGCGAAAUUCCAAACCUCACAGUUAAGAGGUUGAAACCCUUCUCUCAUUCCCCAGUGACAAUAUAUAUAUAUAUAUAUAUAUAUAGAGAGAGAGAGAGAGAGAGAGACUGUGGAAGAAUAAUCUAAGAGUAUCUCUAUCGAAAUAAAUGGCAAGGGAUAGCUGCUUGACUCGUGUGGGAGCCGGUGUGGCACUCGGCGGGGCUAUCGGAGGAGCUGUCGGUGCUGUAUUUGGGACAUAUGAUGCAAUUAGGUGCAAGGUACCUGGACUUCUAAAGGUCAGACACAUUGGACAGACAACCAUUGCUAGUGCAGGCAUUUUUGGUCUUUUCCUGGGUGCUGGGAGCUUGAUUCAUUGUGGCAAGUCCUAUUAAGCUUUUCUUCAGUGAAUUAAAAUAAAUUAAUUUUGUUCUGCUUUUAAAUGUCAGAAUUACAUACUGUAAGAAGAUGGUGAGUCAGGGUGAUAAAUUUUUUUACUUGAGUUUUCAUUUUGUGGGUCUUUGAAUAGUUCAAUGAAUAUCAGUUUCGACUUUUAUUAUGAAAA